CAUGAAUAAUGCUAAUCUAAACGAUGAUACUCAUUAUUGUUGCAUAAUUAAUAGCAGAAGAAAUUCAGAUUCAUUUUUUGCAAAUCAUGUUAUAGAUGAUGAAGUAUAUUAAUAUUUUAUGUAGGGUGAUGUAUUAAGUACUAAUGCAGUGCUUUUAUCAUUAUAUAAAGGAGGUUUGGAUAUAGAAGUUAUCAAAGCCAAUUUGGAGAAGGUCAGAUUGAAUCCAAAUUGGUUGAGUUAGAAGAGAGAUGAUUUGGAAUAUUAUAUACCAUAAUUUAUCAAUUACUUGGUAUUCAAAGAAAAUCAUAAAGAAUUAAUAAAUUUCUUAAUAAAUGCAUGCGAAAGUAACUAUUUUUUUGCUCAUUUGACAUACUUUUAAUUAAAAUCCUUAUCGCAAGUAGUUAAUAAAAAAGUCAUCAAUCUCAAAGAGGUUUAAGAGUUUUUGAUUGAAUACGUAAAUAUAAUGAAAGCACAAUAUGGCGAUGAAUACUUAAUCAAUGGAAAUGAAUAUGUUUCCCAUAACAUUAACAAAGAAGCAAUCUAGAUUUAUGGCACUGCAGAUUAUGAUUAAUCAACUCCUAAACUUAAUGCUUCCGAAAUUAAUAUCAAACAAUACACUUCCGUAAAUGGAGAUGACUAAAUGACUGAUAGUAAUAUAGGAUUCUCAUCUACAAUCAAUUUCUGGAAUGACAUAAUCCGAAUAUCUGAAAGGUAUUUCAAUUUGUUAUUUAGACUAUAUUUAGCUUACCCGCAAAUAAUCUCUUUAAAGGCGGAUCUUCAAAGAAUAAAUCAGAACCUACCGUCUUCUGUUUACAUACCUUUUGUUAAGGACUAAAUUAGAAACUAUGUAGUCUUAAAUAUAGUGGCAUCAGAAAGCAAAGUAUUCUCAACCAAAGAAAGAUCACCCUUCUAUAUUUGUCUAGAAAUCUACAGGCCAGAUGUUGAAAAGGAUCAAAGGAAUGACUAUAAAUAAUCCAUAGCAAUCACUUUACAUAAGUCUAUAUUACCAUAGAAGAUGUCAAUAACAGGGUCGGUCAAUCUUGAUUAAGCUAAAUGUAUAUUGAUCGAUAUAUAUAUUAAGAUUCAAAAGUCCAUAAUAUCUCAGUAUCACAACCUCUUUAAAUCAUCGAGGAAGAUAUAAUUGAUGAAACACCAACUGUUUAAUUUUACUCACCCUAAAAUGAUGAAGAGAAAAGUGUUUAUUAAUCAUUUUCAAAAGAGCAGAAUGAAGAUUUCGUGAGUGUUGCUAGUUCAUUUGUAUAGGAAGUACAUCAAAAAAGUAUAUUGCUUGGAGAAGAUGGCCAACACUUAUUUGGUGAGUCAGCCAAGGAUUAAGAAUAAAGAAUUAGAGAUUAGUCCUUAUUUGGUAAUUUGAAAUCCUGGCGACUGGUUCAUCUGAUUGUGAAGUCAGGGGAUAAUCUGAAAUAGGAGUAAUUUGCCAUGCAACUCUUAUCAACUAUAGAUUAGAUAUUUAUAGCUGAAGAUCUUCCUAUGAGAUUAUCCAUUUAUGAAGUGAUAUCCUUGGGACCCAAUUAUGGAUUAAUAGAAAUGGUGAAGGAUGCUAUUACAAUUGAUUCAUUAAAACGAUAGUUAUGGAAUAGACAAUAAACAUUGACCUAAUUCUUCGAGUAAUCAGUAUAUCUGUUCGAUUAUUAGUAAUAAUUUUAGUGAUCGUCAUCGAACCAAUUUCCUGCAUAGCUUAGUUGGAUAUUCUCUAGCCUGUUAUAUUCUCUAACUUAAAGAUAGACACAAUGGAAACAUUUUAUUAAAAAGAGAUGGCCAUUUAGUCCACAUAGAUUUUGGAUUUUUUUUGGGGAAUGCCCCAGGAAAGGGAAUCGAAAUAGAAAAUAAAGUCCCAUUUAAGUUGUUAAGUGAAUAUAUAGAAAUACUUGGUGGGGUUUAAAGUGAUUUCUUUAAGAAAUUUAGAGAACUGUUUUAUAAAGGCUUCAUUGCCCUUAGAAAACAUAGUGAUCGAAUCUUAUUACUUGUAAAAAUGAUGUAAUUAAUAACAUAUGAAUUUAAAGGUACUCUGGACAUAAGAACUCUAUGCCAUGCUUUAAAAGAGGAGAUAAAUCUAUUACUCAAUUGGAAGAGAGAUUUUAUUUGUAGGAGGAGAAUCAAAGAUUAAAUGUUAUCUGUUAAAAGUAGAAUCGCUCUAUUUAUAUUUUAGUAUCAUCAAUUCGUCCAUAGAUAACUGGAGAGCAAAAUGGUAUGAUAAAUACCAAUAUUAUUUUCAAGGUAUCUUUUAUUGA